AUUGUUCAGGAAGUCAGAGCCGAGAGGCUGCGAUGGUGAGAACGAGACUCUGUGAGAUUCUCUUCAGCCGUUCAGCGUUUUGGAUUUUUACCUUCUGCUGGAUUUUGGUCUGGACGCCUGUUAAAGGUAACCAUCAGCUGAUUGGUUCGUCUCAGCCAAUCACAGCCGCUCCUGGAGAUGACGUCCUCCUCCCAUGUCGGGUGGAUCCUGAGUGGGACGCCGUGGGGAGGACGGUGGAGUGGUCCAGACCGGACCUGCGGGUCCCGGGCAGACAGAGGCGUGUGGAGUACGUGUACGUGUACCGCUUCCAGAAGACGGAGCGAGACAUGAUGAUGGAGACGUACGUCCAGAGGACGUCUCUGUCAGAGGCAGGACUCAAACGUGGAGACGUGUCUCUGACCAUCAGGAACGUGAGCUUGGAGGACGGCGGCAGGUUCAGAUGUUUCAUCCCAAGCCUGAGGAGAGAUGCAGAAGUUCUGCUGGUUGUCGACCCAAACUUUGUUAAAACGACGACAACAGAACCGGUUCCUGAUAGAAACCCCACCACUCCAGCCACAAAGCAGGAGACCAUCAGUACCGGACCCCGGUCCAGGCUGCCUCUGUGUUUUGCUGUUAUUUCCUUCAUCAUUUCUCUGAGUUUAAUUUUCAUCUUCACACUUAAAACGAACAAGAAAUUUAAAGAGAAACUCCUGAGACAAGCCUCCACCUUGGAGUGUGGAUGCCUUGUUCAAGAGCAGGUCUGUGUUCAUGUAGAUGGGAGCUCCAUGAGGUCUUCUCUCCUGCAGCUUUCUGAGGGCUCGGAUUCAAACCAGCAACUGCAGCAUCAAGUAAAGCCUGGAGAAGAGCCGAGCCUUCAGUCAGAGGACCAUGGAUGAUGGGUCCGGAAAGACUCAGGAUUUCUCUGCACCUUUAUUUCUCUCAUCAGCUCUGCAGUCGGUCUGUUUCUCAGCAAAUGUUGGAGGACUUUAACCUAAAACAGCAGAAGACCUGCUGCUUGUUUGACUCUGGACUCUGUUGUUGUUCUACUGGAGCGCCCCCUUCUGGUCACUGACUGACUCUGCAGGAAUCCCCCAAACUUUCAGACCAAGCAGUUCUGGAUUUAUUUUCAAGAAGAGAGAAAAAAUCUGGGUUUUUUUGUUGUUGCUUUUUUACCCAAAAAAGAAACAAAUUUUUGUGUUAACAGAGCAGCAAUUUUUAGUGAUGUUGUUUUUAAUUUAUUUCUGUUGUUUAACCUUUUAUGUGAAACUGAUCUGGUAUCAUGUUUAUUUUGAUGUUUUAGUUUUUAAGCCCAUAUCUAAAUACAUGUUGAACAUGUUUGAACUGUGAACGUUGCCAAAAGACUAUCUGUAGAUCAGAGUCAGCUGUAGAGUGUUAGGAAGAAAUAUUUUAGAUCCUUAUCUGGACGUGUUCUUGUAGAAGAUGUGCAGUAGGGAUAUUAUUGGUGUUUUUUUUAUAAAGCUGGUCAGUAACAGCUGCUGAGCACUGUGGAGCCAAAGCUAAAGUCAAACAGCCUGGAUUAUUGGCUGAUUUCUUAAACUGAUGUAUUUUGCUGCUUGAACCUGGAAGCACUUUUACUGAGACGCAGUGAUGUUAGUUAUUCACUGACAGUUAAAACUACAGAGAAACAGAAAAUGUGUAAAAGCUCAGAGUAAUAGUUCACAUCCUGUCACUAGUAGGAAGCAGAGCUUUUAUUUAUUGUAAGUGAACCACGGGUUUAUUUAUGCUUUAUUUCAACAUGAUGGAUUCUUUGCUACCUCCUUCUGUUCAUUUAUUCCAUUACAGAAAAAACAUGUUACCUUGAAUAAAACCUGCUACAAUAUCGUGUUUUUUACUUGGAUAUUUAUUUAUUUAUACACUACUGAAUAUUCAUUCAAAUAAGGUGAGCAUAAAGUAAAUAUUUAUUAAAACAAAGUGAACUUUGAAUACUUUUAAAAUAAAGUGACAUUUAAAAUGG